AUGAUAGACUCCUACAAGGUGGAGCUAAAGCAGUNCGACCGGUCCGUGGAGAUUCUCAUCCACCCCAGCGAGCCCCACAUGCCACACGUCCUGAUGGAGAAAGGGGACAUGACCCUGGGAGAGUUUGAGCAGCACUUGAAAGGAAGAACGGAGUUCAUUAAAGGGAUGAAGAAGGACAGCAGGGCAGAGAGACAGACAGAAAUCAUCCGGAAACGCCUCCACAAGGACAUUCCCCACCAUUCGGUCAUCAUGCUCAACUUCUGCCCUGACCUCCAGUCGGUCCAGCCGAACCUGAGAAAGACCCAUGGGGAGUUCAUCUUCCUCAUUGACCGGAGCGGCAGCAUGAGUGGGACCAACAUUCACCGUGUCAAGGAUGCCAUGCUGGUGGCUCUUAAGAGCCUCAUGCCAGCCUGCCUCUUCAAUGUCAUUGGGUUUGGAUCCACAUUUAAGACCCUCUUCCCUUCCAGUCAGACCUACAGUGAGGAGAGCGUGGCCAUGGCUUGUGACAACAUCCAGAGAAUGCGUGCUGACAUGGGUGGCACCAACAUCCUUUCCCCGCUCAAGUGGAUCAUUCGGCAGCCAGUGCACCGAGGUCACCCGCGGCUUCUCUUCCUGAUCACAGAUGGUGCCGUCAACAACACCGGCAAGGUGCUAGAACUGCUGCGAAACCAUGCCUUCUCCACCAGGUGCUAUAGCUUUGGAAUUGGACCCAACGUCUGCCACAGACUGGUGCGAGGGCUGGCAACUGUGUCCAAGGGCAGUGCUGAGUUUCUGGUGGAGGGGGAGCGGCUCCAACCCAAGAUGAUCAAAUCCCUGAAGAAGGCCAUGGCCCCAGUCCUGAGUGAUGUAACUGUGGAGUGGGUCUUCCCCGAGACCACUGAGGUCCUGAUCUCGCCUGUGAGCACCAGCUCCCUCUUCCCUGGAGAGCGGCUGGUGGGAUAUGGCAUUGUGUGUGAUGCCUCUUUAUACAUCUCCCAUCCCAGAUCUGACAAGAGGAGACGAUACAGCAUGCUACACUCUCAGGGCUCCAGCAGUUCCAGUUCCGUCUUCUACCAUUCCCAGGAUGAGGGGCCCAGCCCAGACAGCAGAAACUGUGCCAAGAGUGUGGGGGCUCACUUCAACCUGAGGCAGCCCAAAGAUGUGCAGCCAUCCACCGGAGAUGCCACCACUAAUCCUGGUCUAGACUUCUCCCAGAGACGGCGAGCAUAUAGCACCAACCAGAUCACCAACCACAAGCCCUCCCCAAGGGCCCCCACAGCCAGCGAUCCCACAGUGCUUGCCAGGAGAUACCCACUUCGGAAAGCCAAGCUGCAGGACCUCACCAACCAGACGAGCACAGAUGCCCCGUGGUGGCAGAUUGAUUUGCAGCCCUUGCUAAACAGUGGUCUGGACCUGAGCCAGGGCCCCAAACUCCGGAGCCCGGGAGCCCGCAGGCCUUCUCUGCUGCCCCAAGGCUGCCAGCCUAGCCUGCCCUCUGGCCAGGAGACCCAAACCUGGAGCCCCAUGAAAGAGCCGGAUCUUGGGUCUAGCCUGAAGCCUGCCUCAGACAGCCGUAGCCCAGGGGAACUGGAGCCGUCCCAUCACCCUUCCGCCUUCAAGACCGAGACGUCCUCGGACUGGGAGCCCCCGGCAGAGUCCGAGGAGCGGAUCAAUCCGGGCAGGCCCCCCACCCCAGGCCCAGUGCUGGGCAAGGCCGUGGUCAAGGGCUUGCGCGACAGCCAACGUUUGCAGUGGGAAGUGACCUUUGAGCUGGGGCCCCCCGGGCCGGAGCCGGGAGCACACGACGCCGACCUGUGGAGCGAGACCUUCCACCACCUGGCGGCCCGCGCCAUCAUCCGCGACUUCGAACAGCUGGCGGAGCGCGAGGGCGAGAUCGAGCCAGGGUCCAGCCGCCGUUACCAGGUGAACGCUGUGCACACCAGCAAGGCCUGCAACGUCAUUAGCAAGUAUACAGUCUUUGUGCCCGUGGACGUGAGCGAGAAGAGGUGCCUGCCCACCGUGGUGGGGUACCCCAACUCUGGUGCUGCAUGGCGGAUGAUCAACUCUCAGGUCCUGACCCGGCAGUGGAGGGGCCCCGCUGCUGGCUUCGGACGGUCUCAGACCUUGCUCGGGGAAGACUCGGCAGCAGGAGACAGCAAAUUCCAGAACCUAAAUGUGGAGGAAAGUCCCACUGCGCCCAUCGGUGAGACCACGUCCCCGGGCCGCGAGAAGUAUGCUGCUUCUGAAGGUCCCCUGCGCAGUCUGGCCACCAAUACGCUUUCUUCCUUCAAGACCUCAGACUCUCUCUUUGGAUCCAGGCUGAAUCUGAGCAAGUCCAGGCUGCUGACUCGAGCAGCCAAGGGCUUCCUGAGCAAGCCACUGACCAAGGUUCCAGAGUCAACCCCAGGGAGCCAGAGUUUCGACUACAUCCCGCUGGUGUCUCUGCAGCUGGCCUCCGGAGCCUUCCUGCUCAACCAAGCCUUCUGCGAGGCCAUCCACAUCCCCAUGGAGAAGCUCAAGUGGACCUCACCCUUCACCUGCCACCGAGUGUCCCUCACCACCCGCCAGCCUGAGUCUAAGGCCCUGAGUCCCCAGCUGUGCACCAGCCCCUCCGCGCGGCACCCCUCCUGUGAUGGCUUCUCCCCGGAGCCCCCGGCAGAGGGCAAGCCAAGCUGGGAGCCCAGGGCGGUGAUAGAACACACAGGGAAGCUGUGGGCCACGGUGGUGGCGCUGGCGUGGCUGGAGCACAGCUCGGCCUCCUACUUCGUCGAGUGGGAGCUGGUGGCCGCCAAGGCCAGCUCGUGGCUGGAGCGGCAGGACGUGCCCGAGGGCCGCACGCAGGGCACCCUCAAGGCGGCCGCCCGCCAGCUGUUCAUGCUGCUGCGGCACUGGGACGAGAACCUGGAGUUCAACAUGCUUUGCUAUAACCCGAAUUACGUGUAGUAGGGGUGGGAAGGGAGGAGGGGGAGGGGACCGUGUGGCCUGGAGGGGGAGCUUUCGCAGCUGUAGCCAAUAUACUGGUUGCUAGAAAGAGCCCUGGACCGGCAGUCAGGAGGCCUGAGUUCAAUCCCAACUUUGCUACCACCUAGCUGUGUGGCUGUAGGCCAGCCCUUACCCCCCGUCUGGGCCUCAGUUUCCCCACCUGUGAAAUAAGUGCAUGAGGUGAGGGAUGGACUGGAUGUCGAGAAACUCCAAAGGUUCCUCUCGGCCGGACACCCAGGCAGCCGUGGGGUGGGGAGAGAGAAAAUACAGUUUAAACCCCAGUUCUCUCUGGAAGAGUGGCUUAAAAUCAAUACCACUGAGGGGCAAAGCCCCCCUCAAAUAAAAGGGUGGAUGAGCGAA